GUUUUGUGAAAAAUGUUGGCAAUGUGCUGGAGUUGUGUUGUUAUUGCCUCAUUUUGCUUGAGAAUUAGUAGCAAUCCUGUGUGGUUGUCUCCCUGAAAAAGUCAUAGCAUGGCUGAUGACUAUGAACCAGAUGAUCCUGUUGGUGAAGAUUAUGAUGAAGGUGAGCCGGAAGAUGAAGCAUUAGAUGAAAUAGAACAAAAUGAAGAGGAUAAUAUUGAUAUUCUACCUGCAACUGACCAGCAACCACAACUGAAUCAGAAACGCAUCACGACUCCAUAUAUGACCAAAUAUGAAAGAGCGAGAGUUCUUGGCACUAGAGCUCUGCAAAUAGCCAUGCAUGCUCCUGUUAUGGUAGAACUUGAAGGAGAGACAGAUCCUUUGCAACUUGCAAUGAAAGAGUUGAAGGUCAGAAAAAUUCCUAUUAUCAUAAGAAGAUACUUGCCAGAUGGCAGUUAUGAAGACUGGGGAGUGGAUGAGCUUAUAAUUACAGAGUGAAUUUGUCAAGUCACUUUUCGACAAGUUGAACUUUUUAUCUUCAUGUGUAAAAUAUUCAUUUAUUUGAAACCAUCUAAUUGUCCAAUAAAUUCUCAAUUUUGUUUCA